GGGCCGGGCGGGGGAGCAGCCCCGGCCGCCGCCCCGCCCCGCCAUGCCGCAGCCGUAGGCAGCCCGCGGCCGCUCCCACCCCUCGGCCUCCGCGGCCUCCGGGCGGCGCGGCGGCGGCGGGCGCGGCCCUGCCCUGCCCGAUGGGCAGCCUGCUGAGCGGGGUCAGCUUCAAGGAGCCCACCACGGUGGAGGACUGCGACUCCACCUGGGAGACCGACUCGGAGCCCGAGGCGGCGGAGCCGCGGCGGCAGGAGGGGGUGUGCACCGCCGCGGGAGGCGGGGAAGAGCCGGCCGAGCUGCCCGCCGCAGACUGCCGGCCCCAGGAGCCCCAGGCGGCUCUGCCGCCGGCGCCAGAGGAAGGGGAGCGGGCAGAGGCGGACGCCACCAGCCCCGAGCAGAGUGGUGAUGGAACCGAGCUGACGGCCAAGCCAAAGCGAAGCUUCUAUGCAGCAAGAGAUUUAUACAAGUACCGACACCAGUAUCCGCAGAACUUUAAAGAUCUUCGAUAUCAAAAUGACUUAUGCAAUCUCCGCUUUUACAAAAAUAAAAUCCCGUUUAAACCUGAUGGGGUUUACAUUGAAGAAGUCCUAAAUAAAUGGAAAGGAGACUAUGAGAAACUGGAACAUAACCACACUUACAUACAGUGGCUUUUCCCACUGAGGGAACAAGGUCUGAACUUCUAUGCUAAAGAAUUAACUACAUAUGAAAUUGAGGAAUUCAAGAAAACAAAAGAAGCAAUUAGGAGAUUCCUUUUGGCUUACAAAAUGAUGUUGGAGUUUUUUGGAAUAAAACUAAUUGAUAAAACUGGAAACGUAGCACGAGCUGCUAACUGGCAAGAAAGAUUUCAGCAUUUGAAUGAGUCUCAACACAACUACUUGAGAAUCACUCGGAUUCUGAAAAGUCUUGGUGAGCUUGGAUAUGAGAGUUUCAAAUCUCCCCUGGUAAAAUUUAUUCUCCAUGAAGCUCUUGUGGAAGAUACCAUUCCCAACAUAAAGCAAAGUGCUCUAGAAUAUUUUGUGUAUACUAUUAGAGACCGAAGAGAAAGGAGGAAACUCCUGAGAUUUGCCCAGCAACAUUAUACACCCUCAGAGCAUUUUAUCUGGGGACCCCCAAGAAAACAGAAGUCUGAGGGAAACAAAACAAAUAAAAAGCCAGCAUCUCCAGUUUCUAUUAAUAAUAGUUAUAUUUCUAAACAUAAGAAAUCAAAAGAGCCUAAAAAUACGUCAGCAGGUGGAAGCUCAGCUGGUAAAACAACUGAAGAAAGAAAGGCAGAACUCACAAAAAAUGGGGAAGACAAUGACCAGAAUGAACAAGAAAUGAACUGUGAUGCUGUUAGGCAGAACAACAGUGAAAAGAACAGUGAUACUGAUACUGGUCCACUUUCAAAAUCGGAAGAAAUUCAUAAUACUUCAGACAGAAAGGAGGACGCUUCUCAUUCCAAAAGAGAUGAUGAAAAUCUGAGCAAUGACUGUGGAAAUCACCCAGGCACUAUACAGAAGGAUUUAUGUGACACUGAGAAUUUGUCAAAUAACACAUCAGCAGAUCUACCAGAUAACCUGGAUAAGGAUAUGCUUUCAGGGGGGACCACCACAAAAAACAAGGAUGAGCUCAAAUCGUGAAUCUGAGGUUAAAAAUCAUUAUAUUUCAUAUUGAAUGAAGCAAAUUAUUCAUUGCUCCUUCAUUUUGGGUGAAAUUUCCAUCUAGAGUAGUAUAAAAUGGUCAUGAAACUAUGCUUAUUGUGAAUGCAGCAGAUUAGGUUUCUGUUAGGUUAAUGAAUUUGGUUUUUUUUACCUCAGUUUAACAGCAGUCAGCGAGGUAUGGCUCUUUAAAACAACUGUGGAAGUUCAAAGCCUAGAAAUUAAUUUUCAUUUCCAGACAGUUUGCAUAGAAAAACUUAUCUAUUUUUUGCCAUUAAAUUAAUCCAAUAUUUAAAAAAAAGUGUAACUUAUUAGAAAGCCUUGGAACAACAGAAUUUAAAGUUUCUUUUAAUAUACUUUAAACGUUGAUUUCUUUUUAUGAAAUAACAAAAUUAUUUCGAGAGCACAGUUUUUCUGUAGUGCAUUUUUUUUUAGGAACUAUGUUAAUGUUUAACAGCAGUAUUUGCACAGCAUCUUUUACCUUAGAUUAGCAUCCUUGUCAGAGGGACUUAGUAAGAUAUCAAAAUGUCCUAUGCAGCUGGGUAUCAUUGUACAUUGAAUAAAAGUUUAGCUUAACUGAAACUGUAUCCACGGCUUUUGGGUACAAGGGAAGUUGCACUUUAGACUACUUUUAGUCCCUGUUGAGUUUUUUAUCCUCUUGACUCAUUUGUUACUGCUACUAAUCUGGGGGGAGUGAUCUCUCUGAUCACUCACAUUUGGUCUCAAGGUGGAAGUUCUCUGUUGAUCAGCUGUAACAAAACAACUCCCCAGCUGGGUUCAGCACCUGGAAAGCCUCUGGAGAGCUGAAAAGCAGUGCCUUCGCCACAAAGCACUGCGUCAUCCUCAAAGCCAUCAGGGGAGUGUCACCAGGCCUGUCCAGCUGGAUCUUACCUAAACUUGGAUCUUCCUUGGCCAGUUUUGGGUAAGCUCUGCACAAUGCUGAACCCCCUGUUGCUGGUCUAGGAGAAGAAGGCAGCCCUGAUGCCUCCUGCCAGCUGUCUGUUUCCUCCCUUUGCUCUUUAUCAGAGAUCUUUCAUGGUUUAAUGUUAUUUUGAUCAUAGGCUGAAACCUGAAACAGGCCAGUCUGCUGGCCCAGCUGGAGCCCAGCAGAUGGGAAUUUCCCAGUUAAGGUCUUUCCCAGCUUUCUUCGCUGAAGGGCUGUCUGCCUCUUCUGACUUCAUGCCAUUCAGUCAAACAAGAUGGUACCCAGCAAGUUACUUGUGUAGAAUAUGAAUUAGAGAAUAAUGCAGGCAGAACUCAAACUUUCUACAGUCCUAAAAUAGUCUCAAACUUCUGUAUGCAUUUUCUAUUCAAAAGUGUAUAUAUUAUCCACUGCCAUUACUAUAUUUUUGAUUAAAUGUUGUAAGGCAAGUGGCUGACUCCAGUUUGAGUACGAGAGUGCUACAGGACUUUAUUCAAGUCUUAUAACUCAAAAUGACAAAGUUUCCAGGGUCUUGUAUUGUUCUGUUAAUCCCCACCAUGGCAGUACAUCAUCCGUUGCUUUCCCCUGGUAGCAUUGUACCCUGCACUUGAAGAAAGAUCCCCUUGUUCAUGUUUGCCUCUGUCCUUCAGAGCAGAAGGGAACAGGGAAUGCUGGGAUAGAAUGGGUCUGUAUGAUUACGGACUCUAACCCCACACAUAUGCACAGGAGUGACAUCUUUAUGUUCUGCCUGUGACUUUUAAAAUCUUGAGUGCCUGACCGUGCCAACUUAAUAGCGUUGUUUUUACAUAGUUAUUUAUUGAAUUGCACAGGGUAAACUUAUACCCUGUGUUUGAGGAACAUAACUAUAAGGUAGGUAGUUAUACAGAGCCUUCAAUUUAUGGACUUUAGUAUUAAGGAUAAACGCUGUAAAAAAUGAAUAGUGUUCAAGUGAAAUCAGGAAUGCUGGGAGUGUUAUAACUGUAAUUUCAUUGAGCAUAGGACUAAGGAAGUGAUCGUCGCCCUGUACUCAGCACUGCUGAGGCCACGCUUUGAAUCCUGUGUUCCGUUUUAGGCCCCUCACUACAAGAAAGAAAUUGAGGUGCUGGAGAUUGUUCAGGGAAGGGCAACGGAGCUGGUGAGGGGUCUGGAGCACAAGUCUGAUGAGGAGCAGGUGAGGGAACUGGGGCUGUUCAGCCUGGAGAAAAGGAGGCUGAGGGGAGACCUUAUCGCUGUCUACAACUACCUGAAAGGAGGCUGGAGCACAGAGGGUGUUGGUCUCUUCUCACAAGUAACAAGUGAUAGGAUGAGAAGAAAUGGCCUCAAGUUGUGCCAGGGGAAGUUCAGAUUGGGUAUUAGGAAACAUUUCUUCAUGGAAAGGGUUGUCAGGCAUUGGAACAGACUGCCCAGGGAACUGGCGGAUUCACCAUCCCAGGAGGUGUUGAAAAGAUGCAUAGAUGAGAUUCUUAGGAACAUGGUUUAAACCAGAAAACUCCUGGGGUGCACAUCCCAAAGAUGUCUCUGCAAUAUGGUAUUAUGUUAUUGCGACACAGCUUUCACCUAUACCUGCUUGCUGGUUCUCCACUCAUCGUUGUACUUAAUGUACUUUUCAUCUGGCAAGGCUGUCUGCAUUAAGGGCCCUGUGUGUCUGAAAAUACAAUCAAAAACUUUGGGACUCAUGUCCUUAUUAACUCUGCAAUUAUUUCUUAAAUCUGCAACUCAGUGUAUUUUUGUUGGUUUUCACGGAAGUGAGAAGAGUAGUGGUGUACCAGUUGCCUACAAAGAAUUUUGGGGAUUAGGUGCAUGAGGGCUUUUGUGUCAGGUGGGCUCCCGCACUCUCUGAUCUUUGUCAUACAGCUUUAUCAGCAGAAUUACUCCCAAGAGACACUUCAGCUUUAACUAACAAAUUCUGCUCUAUGUAAAAUGUGAUGGUUUAGAAUUCUUUCCAUGGAGGAGUUGUUUCUUCUGAUUUUGCAAGUGUUCAGAAGAAGGGUUAAUUGCAGGGCAAUCAUGCAGUGUAGCAUCCCACUGCGAUCUGUGAGUAUCAAGUGGGUGCACUGUAUGCAUUUAGUUACAGGCAUGGCCUUAGGAGCCAGAAGCACCCUGUGCUUAAAGUUUCUGAGUAUUGACUUUCGGGUUUACAGUACAAUAUAUGUUAAAAUGGUUGUUUUAUCAUAAAUGCUAGUACUUCAUUAUUUAUCCAUUACUUCAGAAACUGAGGAUGUACAAAGAAAGGAUGUUUGCUCACUGUUAAAAUUGGUUUUGUCUCGCUACGUGCUUAAGUAUUCAGGAGUUUCUGUGUACUUACUUCAGUAAUGUAUUUUGUCCCAGUGUUUUACUAGAUUCUGAGCUAUCAGCUUAUCAGUUGAGCAGAAUCUCCCAUAGGGGGGUUCUUUCCCAAUAAGUAAAUUUGAUUUUAAGUAUCCUAUGGUGAGGGAAGAUGAAUGUACAAAUUGACAAAAUGUUACUGAGAAAACAAAUUCAAGUGAAGGUGAUCAUACAAAUCAUGCAAAAAUGCUGCACUUUAGGAUCAGUUUCAGCUCUGUGCUCUGCUGUCCAGGAUCUAACUGUGCUUUGGUACCUGAGACUGCACUGGCGCAGGGACUGCAAGCUCAGGUGUGUGAUGUGAAGAGCAGUUACGCCUGUGCACAUGUCUAGGAUCAGAGCUGAGCCCUUAGUCUCCAUAUUGCUUGUAUUUAAGGGCAUGGUCCUGAAGGAUGCUAAAAAUACUUGCAAUAAGCCUUUCAGAGCUGUUCCCUGGCUUGGUCUGUUCUUCAGUUUCCUACUCUAAGAUUACAGCAGUAGGAUGUGUUAGGUAUUGGUUCAAUCAUAGUUAAUAUUUAAUGUAAUAUAGUGUAAGUCUCCUUGAAUUAUUCCAGUAUAAUUCUAAACAUCUGCAUAUACUUGUACUAUAACCAGAAAGUUUACAGACUUCAGAAUCUUUGUGUAAUUUUGAUGGGUAAUCCAGUAAGGUAAGUCAAGGGAGAUUUAAUAGAUUUAAAUGGAAAUCAGCUCUUGUUUAUUUUUAAUAAAUUUUAUUUAAUCUAUUUAAUUUAAUUAUGUUUUUGCACCAUUCUUUUCCUGAUAGUUGUGAUGGUAAUGAUUUGUCUAGUAGCUGAGAAGUGGGGUAGGGGAACGUCUGUGUUGGGAAUCAAAGGGUGAAACCAGCCUACUGGUUCACCUGUUACUAACAGACCACUCAGUAACAGCCUUUUGUAAUUAUAUCUGUGAUACAUGUGUAAUUCCUACAGACAAUUCCUAAAAAUGUUUAUGGAGGAAAGGCAAGUCCUCUUAAAUAAGGCAUUGCCCAAGAUAAUACCACGGUGUUUAGGAAAAAAAUAAUCUCGAUCAAAAUUUGUAUAGAGAUGGAAAUAAUUUUACUUUUAGAAGAUAGAAUAUUGCUUAUUCUUAUUGAAAAGAAAAUGAUCACAAAUACAUUAAUGCAAAACUGAUCACAAAUUACAGUAAGACAUACAUGUUUAAGUGAAAAUGUAACUCUUAUUAUGCCGUAUUUUUACAGGUAAUAUCAUGUUGAAUUUCCUUGACAAAAGCUGUAUUGAUGAAUAAGAUGCAAAUAUGUGAAGCAAAUUUUGUCACUCGUAAGAGUGUGACAAUAUCAUGCUAAUGAUGGACAUUGUCCUAAGAGCUGCCACUGUGGAUCAGAAUGAAAGGUGUUUCUAGCUUUGUAUCCUGCCUUCAGCAGUGACCACCAACAGAUGGUGUGAAACAAAGAACAGAUAAGAUGACCCCAUUUUUCUCCAGGAAUUUUGGCAUUUUUGAACACAUGGUUUCUUUCAGCCUCCGCAGUCCCUUAUGCCUGUGAGUUCCAUGUUUUAAUUGUGUUUUGUGCGGAAGAAGUAAUUUCUUAUGUGUCUCAGAUCUGUUUAUUCAAGAAUCGUUAGUGCAUUUGAACACAGUUGCUAAAAAUACUGUAAGAUGAACAGUCAUCCACUUCACGUCAGUUUUAAAAAGCCUUGGGAGAUUCUAAUGAUAAAUAGCUGCUUAGGCAGAAAAUGUCCUAUAUUUCUGUCCUUAGGCAGAUGUCUGCUUAGGCAGGAAACUUGUCCUAUGUUGAUGACAGUAUUAUCUUACUUGUCCCUUCUAAAUAAAUUUUUACACAUAAAUCCUUUUGUAUGCAGUAUUAAAAGUCAGAUUCCAACUGCAGAAAAGAUUAUUUUUUUCCUAUCAGUGCAAAACCAAGAUUCCUAGCCCACAUCUGAGUGAGGUACCUCUGGGUUUGGAGACACCGGCAUCAGUGGGUGUAGCGUUGUGAUCGUGUAGAAGAUGGACGUACUAUCUGGGGUGUUGCGAGGACCGUACUCUUUAUUCCAUAUUUUGGUAACUGAUGUUAAUAUGUGUCCCCAGUUCCAACUGCAAUUGGAGUAACUGCUCAAAAGGUGUUUUUGAUGGCCAUUGGAGCCUGAAAAUGAAGGAUGGGUCAGAAAGGCUUAAGCAUGGGCAACCCACUUGCUAUUCACAUCAUGGCCAACAACAUAGAUUCACUCCUAACAGGUGUGCAGCCCUCCAAAGAGAAUGCGAAUUGUGUCUCUAAUAUUUCUGUGCUCUGUAUUGCCUAUGAACUGUUUCUUUUCCUAUAAACUGUGUUCCUUUUACAGCCCACGUUGUUAAGUAUGCUUAUUGAAGACCAUUGGGGAAAGCAAGAGUUUAUUUAAAAUAAAUAUAUUUAAUACAUGCCGUACCAAAUGGACUCUUAAAAAUAUAGUUCAAAAGCUAUAGAGAUUAAUUAAAUGGAGACCUCCUGUGGCUUUACACUUAAAACCACCUUUAUUUUCAAAAGCACUAAGCAGUUCACUAUAAAAUAACAAACGUGAGAAUUGGCAAGUUGUUCUGAAAGAAGUCUCCUUAGAAACUUGGCACUUUUAAAUUCUACCACACUUACGAGUCUAGUGGCAUAUUCAUCAAAUAAAGUUUAUUGUGAAAUAUACUGAAUGUAUUUACUACUGUGGCUAACUAUGUGAAAAUAAUUGUUUUGCAGUAAAAAAGGUUAUGGCACUUAUAUUUUUGGGUCCUGCUGAAGCAUGUUUGCUAAUCAUUAGUUGUUCUUUUUUUCUGUGUUUUAACCUAUUUCAUGGUUGUUUGCCCUUUAUGCAGUUUAGCUUCAGUGACAGACGAUUAGGUAUAGUUUUUGCACUGAUAAAAUUUGGAAAUAUCAUAGACCUCAUUGUUAAAAUGUAUUCUAAGAAAAAAGUGCAGCAAAAACAACUAAAACCCAAUGAUUUUUACUUGCAAAAUGAAACAGCUACAUGUCAGUUUUUAUGAAUGGUCCUGCUCUCUUCUCUGUAUUCCUUUGCAGUGUUUAAUUACAGAAUGCCGUGCAUGUUUGGUAGUACCAAUACCAUAUGUAUGUGGUAGGAGUGGUAACCAGUUUCUGGAUUUGUAAUGCACUAUAAAGAUAUAUUUUAUAAUUCUGUAAUUGUAUGGCAGUGUUAUGCCAAAAAAAUUGUACAAACAUAAAAAGCAAUAGUUUAUGUUGCUUACUGCUAUAUUUUAAAUCGUUUGUAAUAUGAAAUACUUGUAUUUCCUUUCAGGUAAAUAUAUUUUUAAUAACAGCAGCCAAAAACUCUAAUAAAGCUUCUUCAUUUAGCAGCAUUGUUUUAGCAACAUGUACAACUGUUGUGUAGCUCUAAUGAUGUGUAAUUGCUGUUCAGCGCUUGUUUGUACAGUCUUCUGUAAAUGUAUUAACAGUUAAAAGUAGGGCAUUAAAGGCUCUGGUCCUCCUU